AUGAGGACAAUAUUGGCUUUAUUCAUACAUACAAAUAGGAGAGAUCAAUUACCAACGAGUCAACUUAAAGAAGAGCUUAUGGCAGGUGCUAUAAAUAGUAUUGGAGAAAUAUUGAGAUAUGUAAAUAUUAAUAUCUUUAAGAAGUACAGGAACGGAAUACAUUUAUUGGAAGCUAUUGAAGAGGAGAAUGUUUUUGAUCGUCCUAUUGAUGAUGAUACUCGAUCAAAAUGGUCACUGUUAUAUUUAUUUGAUUCUAGUUGA